CCUGGCUGCCUUUCUGUUGCGGAGGGCGCAUAGUGCUCGGUGGAGGUGCCUCAGAAUCAGUCACAGAAGUUGAAGGACCCUAUCUGGCGGUACAUGAAUCCCCAACUCCCUACUCCCUUCAUGCUGGGAUGGCGCACGCUCCGACCUCGGCAAACAAGACAGAAUAUCCUCCCUGACAGAAUCAGUCAUUGCGGGCUCAUUUUCCCUCGGUCGAAAGCUUCACAUCCUUCCUUCAUCGAACUCAAAAAGCACCAUUGCCCAUACCUCAACCAGGUGACGAAGGAGUAUCUGACCGACAUUGCCACAAACACGCAGACCACGAUUAAGCUCCUGGCUAGCCAUUCUGUAGGCAAUGUGAAUGUCAACAAAGCUGAUGAGGCAACCCUCGAUAACCAUGAUAUGGCUCAUGGGAAGAUCAGCAUAUCGGCCAAGGCCUGUGACUCAACGGAUGGCGACUGCUUCAUCAUGAUCGUGAGGCUUGAGGAAGAUCUGCCCGUAGAUGACUAUCCGACCAACAAACUCCUGCAGGCUGAUCGACUUGAUGCUCACAACGGCCAAGAUAUUGGGAAGCCACAGCAACUCAAUGCCGAAGUUCCUGGACAUCCGCAUCCUGAACGUCACCAAGAGUGUCAAUGGCCAUACCAGCUCUCUGGAGAUGUAAUUGGACUAUGAUUUCCUCUAUUACAUCAGUCAAAAUAAUUGUCUUCACU